CAGUUAUUUUCAGUUUGGGCAAAAUAAAAAUUCUUCAAACCUCAAAUGUUAAGUUCCCAAAUGUCUUGGGUUUUUGGCGCUUUGCUUUUGUUUGCUGUCGCAAAUUUAACGCAAGCUGUCAACGAGCGCCAUGACUUGAGUGUGAUCACAGACCUUAUCGAUAUGAUGGUAGAGCAAUUGGAAAUACUAAAAUGUAUGACAAGAAGUUGUGAUCCUUUGGCCCUUGAGAAAAUGAUUGAAAUUGAGGAUGGUGUAGAAAGGGAUCUUAAGGCUCAAUCGUCCCUUCCGGAAACCCAUGAAUACGAAUCAGAGAAAGUGGAUAAAGCUAUUAAACUAUCAGUGGCCAAGUAUUUGGAAGUUGAACCCAAAUGUCAAGAUACCAGCUACAGUUGUCCCAAUCCCAUAUUAAAGGAACUCCCAAAAUAUUUCACUGACUAUGUUAACGCUGUACAGGAAAUUAUAAUGUAUGGCCGAAAAUGUGUCAAUUUGAAUAAUAUCGAGCAAGCCAUAAAUGUCUUGGGCGAAAGCGUUGAAUUGGUGGAAGGAUAUCACAACCACGCCGGAAACUAUAUGCAACGCGUUUUACCCUCUUGCGUUCAUUGCUCUAAUGGUUUUAGGCAAUUGUGUGAUGAAGCUGCAAUAAAUUGA